AUGGCUUCACCAUCGACCACGACAGCACCCGCUCAAGAAGACCAGGUCGCAUGCAUCCCCAACCUCAAGCUGGCGCAGCAGGCGUUCCUCCUCUCCCGAGCGGCUGCUUCCUCGUCGUCGUCGUCGUCGUCAUCAUCCCCGUCGUCAUCGACAACCGACCUCGAAGCGACUCGCAAGGCGUUGUUGCAAGCGAUCGAAGAGGAUGGUCAGUCGACCUUUAGCUGAAGCUUGACAAGACUCGGUGUUGAUGAUUCGUGCCUUCGUACAGAGAUGGCACCUUGGCUAGCAACGCUCACCACCUCCCCCUCAACGUCCUCCUCGACCUCGUCCACUGCAUCGACCUCCUCCACCUCCGCCAUCCUCCCUCCCCAACCCGACCUCCUCGAGCGACUGCAACGACGCAACAAGGACCACCUCGAAACGCUCGACGCCCAGCUCGCCGAUGCCGAAACCAACCUCGGCGAAACCGAGAUCUCGGACGCGCUCAAGGCCAAAGCGUUGUACCUCGCUCGGAUCGGAGAAAAGGUGCGCAAGGGGCACCUAUAUCAUAGAAUGCGGUACGACGUGGCAACUUACGACUGGUAUAUUAACGUCACAGGACCUCGCUGUCAAGGCUCACUUGGACGCGUUGGACAAGACCGCCGGUAAAGGAUCCAAGAUCGACUUGCGCUUGGCCAUCAUCCGCAUCGGCUUCUUCCACGGCGAUCACAGCCUCAUCCAGGACAACAUUGAAAAGACCCGAAUGUGCGUUCCACGCCGUAAGCAGCCCCACCCGGAGUGAAACGCACUCACUCACGCUCCUCUCCUACCCAGUCUCGUCGAAGAAGGCGGUGAUUGGGACCGACGCAACCGUCUCAAGGCCUACGAGGGUCUCUACCUCUUGUCGAUCCGCAACUUCAAAAAAGGUGGACAGUUGCUACUCGACACCUUGUCGACCUUCACCGCGACCGAAUUGAUCGAUUACGACGACUUUGUCGCGCUCUGCGUCCUUUCCGGUGCUUUGAUGUUGGAGCGCAAGGAUCUAAAAAAAAAGGUGGGUGCGAUCGUACUGUCUUUGACGGGCUUGGGUACUGAUCGGGUCGAUCCUGGUACCUCCUCAGAUCAUCGAGGCUCCCGAGGUGAUCGCGUUGAUUCCGACGCGACCGACGUUGAAGGAUUACUGCGAGUCCUUGUGGCGAUGCGACUAUGCCGCUUUCUUCAAAGCGCUCGGUGAGUCUUCCAUCAACACCCUCAACCUUUGCGCCGCCUCCCUCCCCUCAUGACUGACUUUUACGUCCUCUCCCUCCUCAUCUUCCCCCUUAGCCAUCGUCGAAGAAUCGCACCUACUGCCCGCGCGCCUGCUGUCCGUGCAUUCGCGUUACUACGUUCGCGAGAUGCGCAUCAAGGCCUAUGCCCAACUAUUGGAAUCGUACCGAUCCGUUACGCUCGCUUCACUCUCCAACGCCUUCGGAGUCUCACAAGACUUCAUCGAUGCGUAAGUCCGAAUCUCCACACGAGAGAGCUAGCAUGUUUCUCUACUCGCGGUUCGCUCCCAACCACGCGCAUCAAUCAAUAGUACCUCUCUAACCCCUCCCGCCAAAUCCCAUCGUGAACUUCUUCAUCCUACAGUGAUCUAGCUCGCUUCAUCUCCGCCGGUCGCUUGAACUGUUCGAUCGACCGCGUGAACGGCGUCGUUGAAACGAAUCGACCGGACGCGAAGAAUGCGAGGUACGCUAGUGUGAUCAAGAAGGGCGAUCUGGUGUUGAACAGUGUGCAGAGGUUGAGUAGAGUGAUUGGAUAA